AUCUUUUCCAAGGCGCACUUUAACGUGGAGUCGCAGCCUUAUGGCGAGAAGAGGGAAUGGAGGAGAAGUCCGGCGUCUGAACGGAGCUUUACACUAAUAUGGGAUUUCACAGCGUGGACGUGGGCGGCAAUGUGAACUUCCACACACUCAUCUGACCUCUUGAGUCGUGCACCGAUCAGUGGUGAGCGAUGAGGCACAGCUGGAAUUCAAGGACAUGCAGCAAAUUGCAUUAUGGCUGCAAAACCAUGAAGAAUGGAAGCCUGAUGGUUCACUUUCAGACAGUACUAUGGAAGACUGACCUCAGAUCCUCUCGAGAGGCUUUCCACAUUAUUUCCCUUUGACUGGACUGGAAUGCAAAGAUGCCAAUCAUGGAGAAAGAGGCGGCCAGUGGCCGAGACAGCAAAAUGUUGCCAAAGGUCCCUGUGCCCCCACUGAAACAAACCCUCGACACUUACUUGAAGUGUGUCCAACACCUGGUGAAGGAGGAGCAGUUCAAAAAAACAAAGGCCAUCGUGGAGAAGUUCGGGGCUCCUGGAGGCGUUGGAGAGGUUCUCCAGAAGAAGCUUUCAGAGAGGAGGGACAAGAUGACCAACUGGGUGUAUGACUACUGGCUGGAGGACAUGUACUUGAACAACAGGUUGGCCCUACCGGUCAACUCCAGUCCUGUCAUGGUGUUUCCUAAGCAGACGUUUAGAGAUCGUAAAGACGCCCUCAGAUUUGCUGCUCGUCUCAUCAGAGGAGUGUUGGACUAUGCUGCUCUCAUUGAUGCGCGAGCGCUGCCAGUGGAUUUUGCUCGAGGCCAGCUAGCUGGAACCCCUCUGUGCAUGGAGCAGUACUACCGCCUCUUCAACUCCUACCGCUACCCGGGGUUAAAGACAGACACGCUGGAGGUCCAGAUGAAUGCAGCCUCCUCAGCGCCGCAGCACAUCAUCGUGGCGUGCAAGAAUCAGUUUUUCGUGUUGGAUGUAGUCGCAAACGGCAAGCAGCUCAUCGAGACUGAGAUCUUAUCCCAACUGGAGAAAAUCAUGACAAUGGCAGAAAACGCAGCAGAGAGACUCCCUCCUCUUGGUAUCCUGACAACUGAUGGGAGAACAGAAUGGGCACAAGCCAGAGAUGCACUAAAAAAAGAUCAAACCAACAGGGACUCUCUGGCCCUGAUUGAGAGCGGUCUGUGUGUGGUGUGUCUGGAUGAGCCCAGUGGCCUGGAUCCUAGGGAUACUAACAGGUCCCUGCUGAUGCUGCAUGGUGGCGGCCACGAGAAGAAUGGGGCAAACCGCUGGUAUGACAAGUCAAUGCAGUUUGUUGUAGGAAUGGACGGGAUAUGCGGAUUUGUGUGCGAACAUUCGGCAUUCGAGGGAAUAGUUAUGGUGCAAUGCUCUGAAUACCUGAUGAAAUACAUAACAGGGAGUCCCUCCAAGAUGGCGAAAGCAUCCACUGUCAGAGAGCUCCCCCCUCCAAGAAGGCUGCUCUGGAAAUGCAACCCACACAUCCAAGGACUUUUAGCAGCUUCUGGAGACAGACUCCAGAAGCUGGUGAAUAAUCUUGACAUGGAUGUUUUCAAGUUCAACGUUUAUGGGAAAGAAUUCAUAAAAAAACAGAAGAUGAGUCCAGAUGCAUUCAUACAAGUUGCCUUACAACUUGCAUUUUACAAAUGUAACAGAAGGCUUGUUGCCACUUAUGAGAGUGCGUCCAUUCGGCGUUUCCAACAAGGUCGGGUUGACAACAUUCGCUCUGCCACCCCUGAGGCCCUGGCCUUUGUGAUGUCCAUGACAGAUGAGAGGGCCACGUUCUCCGAUUUGGAAAAAAUGAGACGACUGAUUGAUGCAAUUAAUGCCCAGACAAAUUAUACAAUUAAAGCUAUUACAGGACUGGCAAUAGACAAUCAUCUUCUCGGGCUUCUGAGGAUCGCAAAGGAGCUCAACAUGGAGAAGCCAGAGAUCUUCUGUGAUGAGACGUAUUUGGCCAGUAACCAGUUCAUCCUGUCUACCAGUCAGGUCCCAACCACAGUGGAGAUGUUCUGUUGCUACGGCCCGGUGGUGCCCAAUGGCUACGGCGCCUGUUACAACCCGCAGUCAGACCACAUCAUCUUCUGUGUGUCUAGUUUCUGGGAGAACACGGGGACGAGCUCGGCCGUUUUCGUCAAAGCCCUGAACGAGAGCCUGCUGGAACUCAGGGACCUGUGCAGUAGAAGCAGCGCUGCGGCUACCAAACGGGCCGAUAGCGGCCAGGGAGCUGGCCAACGUCAUAAAUCAGGGAAGUAAAAAAAUACUGAGAGAGCACGCCCACUGAAGCUGCUUCACUCAACUCUCAGACUCAGUAGUUGAGAUGCAUUUGUGUGUCUUUGUUGUCUGUGCAAUAGUGUUCCUUUAACAACAAAAUACAAAGCCUUAAAGUUCAUAUAUACUAUAUGUAAAUACUAAAAAAAUGUGAUGUGAAUGAAAACUGGAAAACUAUUUAUUUUUUGGGGAUAUGUGUAGACGUAAUGAUUUGGGGUCCAACAAUGACCCUGUUUGACUCGGCAGACUGAGAUUAACUGGUCUGCUGCCUUUAGGAAACUUAAGCCAUGCCCACUUUGUAGCACUGAUGAGAGGGGCAACUCCCCAUCAGAGCAAAUCAGCUGAGCAAUCCCAAUGUAUAUCUUACACACAGAGUAGUAAUGUAUAUGAGAAUAUUCUGUAAAAAGUACAAAACAGUAUAUUUAAGAUACUUCUAACAACCAUGACAUCCUGUAAAUGUGAUCCUGUUUCACUUUGUGUGUGCCAUCGUGUAUUAACUAACUGGAUCAGUUAUAUUAUAUAUUACACAAGAUCCAUUUUAAUGUGCUAAAGUUAUGUGAUGUAUAUAUUCUAUCGACACCAUGAGGUUUCCAAAAAAGUUGUGUUCAUGUGAAGUCUGUCUGAUGAGGCACUUUAAGAUAUUUAUAUAAAUAUAUGAAUCAAUAACUGUAAACGCAGAGGACUGGUUAUGAAUAAUGUGUGUAGAGGGAAAACUGAUUUCAGUGGCACAUUUAAGGUCGUCUAGAUGUGCUGUACGUAUGUGUUCCAUGUUAUAGCAAUAGUUAAUAAGUGUAGAGUGCAAUCAGUGCUACUGUAUAAGUAAAAUACAGUCCAGUGGUGAUUGAGGCAAUAAGUGCUUUGUAUUUGCACUUAAGAGGUAAAAUGAGGGAUGUAUUGUUGCACUGUAGUGCAGUGCAGUGAGGGUAUACGUGCAAUUUACCAAAUCAACUCUUUAGAUGCAUGGAGCUUAUGUAAUAUUAUAUCAACUAUUUUUGAUAGUCAGAAAUAGCCGACAUUAUCGGUUAACAUUAAAAUGAACUAUGGCAAUCUACAUCGUGCAUGCUGUUUGGGUGUGAAAAUAUCAAUUCAAAGUGUACUGUGAUUCGGAUUCUUCUCCAAAUGUAUAUUGUGUUUCAAUCUGUGGUGGUUCAUGUCAACAGAAAAUUGAAUCAGUGAUCUGUAGUGUUGAAAAUGUGACAAAAUGUUGUCCUGUAUCCAGAUGCCACUAGUUAUGUGUCUACCAAUCAUCAGCCAAAGUGAACGUGAACCAUGUAGAUGAUUUCAAAAUCAAUGUCACAAAAAGACUUUAAGCUUAAAAUAAAGUGAUGUAAACUGUUUUCCUGCCAGAUGUAAUAUUCUUGAAUGUUUUACCUCGAAAGUUAAUUUGAUUUGUUGUUCAUUGCCGUCUAAUCCGAGUGAUACGCGUAAUAUGUGUCAUGUGUUGUUUGUAAACCAAGUGAGUAAUUCUUGCUGUUUUAUCCAUUGAACCACUGCGUAGUAUUAAUGUAUCAUCCGUGAUAACAUUUUUAAAUGACAUCUUUGACAGGGUGCUUUAUUAAGCGAUUAAAUAUUCAAUGAAUGUUCAGUGAAAACUCAUAUGUUCGUCAUGAAAAACAAAAGGCUGAUUUAUUUUUCUAGGCUACAACAAUAUUUUGUUGAUAGAAGACAGUUAAUUUGAGCUGUAAUACAACUGUUGUGUAGCAAAACGUGAUACUCUAUUCCAGAAAUAAAAUUAACUCUAA